UAACAUCCGGUCUGGCAACGUCGAAGGAACCGAAACAUGGCGGCAGUGCCAGAAAGAUCAACGAAAGAGCGGCUGCUGUGUGUGUUGGACGAUUUGGAGGUUUUAUCCCGGGAGCUCAUCGAGAUGUUGGCUUUAUCCAGAGCUCAGAAACUUCCUCAGCCUGGAGAGGACUCGCAGAUUGUGGAGCUGCUCGUGCAGAGGGACAAGGAGUUCCAGGAGCUGAUGGGGGUGGCCCAGAAGCAGGGGGAGGUUCAGCAGGAGAUGCAGCUGCUGGAGAAGGAGGUGGAGAAAAGAGACAGCGACAUCCAGCAGCUUCAGAAACAGCUGAAGGAGGCUGAGCACAUUCUGGCCACUGCUGUUUACCAGGCGAAAGAAAAACUUAAAACCAUUGAAAAGGCCAGGAAAGGAAGUAUCUCAUCAGAGGAAAUCAUCAAAUAUGCUCACAGAAUCAGUGCCAGUAAUGCUGUGUGUGCUCCGCUCAACUGGGUACCAGGCGAUCAGCGCAGGCCUUAUCCCACCGACCUGGAAAUGCGCAGUGGGAUGCUCGGCCACAUGGCCAACCUGCCUUCCAAUGGUGUGAACGAACAUCUACCAAGUGACGCUCUGGCUGCAGGAAGGUUACCGGACGUCCUGGCGCCUCACUACCCCUGGCAGUCCUCAGAUGUCUCUGUAGGGAUGCUGCCCCCUCACCAUGGCAACGACUUUGGCUUGGAGCCACCGGGUCACAACAAGGAGAACGAGGACGACGUGGAGGCCAUGUCCACAGAUUCGUCCAGCAGCAGCAGUGAUUCUGACUGAAGGACAGAAACUGGCUCCGCCCCUGCGCGUGUGUAUUUGAGAGGUUGUAAAAGAAGUCGCAGCUAACCAGCCCACACCUGAACACACCGUCUGUUCACUUCUCACUUUACUUUCAGACUCAUUCGUGCGUCGGUCAGGUGGUCUUUCACUGAAGUUUUCUGAACCAAACUCUUCUGAGAGCUUUGAGUCUACAUCGUAUCAAGGUUUAUUUUCUACCUCUGU